AGCAUGGUGUGCGUACGACCAAGCCCGGACUGAAGAGUUGUCCCUGUAGAACACACACUGUGUGAUAUCGUUCUGCACGUAUCCUACAUCGACGCAGGCGGAAUGGAGCGGUAGAAGAUGCUCUUGCACGACAGCCAAGGAGCCACAGCCAAUUGUGUGAGACCACUCGUACUCGGGAGCAGCUCGGAUCUCCGAGAUCGGCGCCGAUCUGAUAAUGCCCCUCGUCUCACAAACUCCUCCGUCCCACGCACUUCCACCAUGACCGACCAUCAAGAUGCCAUCCUCUUCAACAACGGCCGCUUCUUCAAUGGAGAGACUUCCCCCGCGCAAUUCCAUGACUGUAUGGUCGUCAAGAAUGGCAAAAUCGUGUACAUUGGCCCCUCCAACUCACCCGAGGUCCAAUCGUUCGGCGACAUCACAACCCAAGACCUGAAUGGCCGAUAUGUCCUCCCCGGCUUUAUCGAUGGCCAUAUGCAUUUCCUCAUGCUGGGCCAGUCGCUGCAUAAGGUCGAUCUCGAUGGGUGCAAAGACCUCGCGGAAAUCCGGUCACGGAUUACCAAGUAUGCCAAAGAGCACGGCGGAAAAGAGAGGAUACUGUGCAAAGGAUGGAUGCACUCGAUGACAAAUGGAGAGGCAAAAGCGAGUAUGCUGGAUGGUCUGGAUCCGAGGCCUAUCUACAUCGACUCGAAGGACCUGCAUUCGUGCUGGUGCAACAGCGCUGCGCUGAAAGAGAUGGGCGUGCAACAGAUGGAAGAUCCAGCUGGCGGGACGAUUGAGCGCGAUGCUGAUGGCACGGCAUCGGGCUUGCUGAGUGAAGCGUGCGUCUUGCUUAUUGUAUGGCCUUACCUUGCAAAAGUGCUACCCAUGGAAGACAAGAUGGUCGCGCUGAAAGCCGCAAUCGCGGCCUACCAUGAAGUCGGCUGCACAGGUUGCAUCGACAUGGCCAUGGACGAAAACGCGUGGGAAGCCAUCCUCGCCCUACGAGAAGCCUCAGGCGGCACCCUCCCCAUGAGAAUCGCAGCACACUGGUGCAUCCUUCCGGGCUCAGGCGAAGCCCACCGCCUUCAACAAGUCGACCGCGCCAUUGACCUCGCCCACCGGUUCAACGCCUCCAUCAGUCCAGACCUACGCAUCCUAGGCAUCAAAAUAAUCUGCGACGGCGUAAUCGACGCCUGCACCGCCGCGCUCGCCGAACCAUACUCUUCAAACGCCGCAUCCCCAGACCCCAUCUGGACGUCCUCCAUGCUCGAUCCCGUCGUCAAGAAAGCGUGUGAUGCCGGCCUGCAAUGUGCCCUCCACGCCAUCGGCGACCAAGCCGUCCACAACGCCAUCAACACGCUCGAAGCCCACAGCAAACCUGGCCAACGGCACCGCAUCGAGCAUCUAGAACUCACCUCCCCCUCGGACGCUGCACGUCUGGGGGAUCUAGGUAUCACAGCAUCCAUCCAACCCGUGCACUCCGAUCCCGCCAUCCUGCGCGCCUGGCCCAAGCUGCUCGGCCCAGAGCGCCUCAGGCGUGCCUUCGCAUACAAAGAGUUCGCGGACCACGGCGCCACGCUGGCAAUCGGGUCCGACUCGCCCACGGCGCCUCACGCGCCGCUCCCGAACCUGUACGUAGCGACAACGCGCAAGUCGGCGCGGCAGCCUCACGCAGGCGAUGCGCCUGUUAACGAGCAUUUUCAGCUGGGCAUUGCGGAGGCGGUGAGCGCGGCGACGAAGGGCGUGGCGUAUUCAUGCUUUGCGGAGCAGAGCCUGGGCAGCUUGGAGGUGGGUAAGGUGGCAGAUUUUGUGGUGGUAUAUAUGCGGUUUGAGGCGGGGGAGUUGCUGAGUGCGAGGGUGAGGCAGACGUGGUUUGCGGGGAGGAAGGUAUAUGAAGCGAAGUAGGUGGCCCCUCCUCGUGCGCCUCCUCCACGCCCCUCGCCGCCUUCUCACAAUUUCAAACAUCUGCUGCCAUCCUCAAGCGCUACGUCACCCACAAUGCCCCACGACGAGAGCGCCCAAGCUCAAAUCACGCAGCUCACGGCGGAGGUCAAAAAAUUAAAUCAAAUCAACAUUGAGCUGAUCAGCAAUAUGCGCGUCUCGUCAGAGAAAUGGAGGAAUUGUAGGAGAAGAGCAC